AUGACGAUGAAACUCAUUGUUUCACUAGUUUUGGGUGGGUUUUUGGCCUCCUUCGCAUACAUCUACACUAUUUUCUUUGUGAAGCCUCAGAGACUAACAUCAAGACUUCGAAAGCAAGGGAUCAAAGGACCUUCUCCUUCUUUACUCUUAGGAAACAUCCCUGAAAUCAGAAGGAUCCAGCUCCAAGUCCAGACUGAAUUAUCAGCAGCAAAAUCAAGUCAAAAGGAAAACCAUCUUGCUAUUGAUCAUGAUUGGCCUUCUACUAUCUUUCCACACUUCAAGCAGUGGAUAAAUGAAUAUGCUGUUACCGCUAGAUACUACACUAAAAGGCUAAUUAUACUUUCGCACUGCAAGGCUGGAUUGCCUUUAUACAACCUUUUUGAUUCUUCAAUAAUAUUAACUGGUGCAGGACCAUCAUUUAUGUAUUCAACUGGAAGAAUACAACAAUUAUGCACAACAGACAUAGAUAUGGUGAAAGAAAUAAGCCUUUGUACAUCUUCGAACCUAGGGAAGCCUUCGUACCUGUCCAAAGAUCGUGGGCCAUUGCUUGGACAGAGUAUUUUUUCAACAAAUGGACCAAUUUGGGGUCAUCAAAGGAAGAUAAUUGCUCCUGAAUUCUACAUUGAUAAGGUUAAGAGCAUGGUGAGCCUAAUGGUGGACUGUACAACCACAAUGAUAAGAUCUUGGGAGAGCAGAAUUGGAAGUGAUGGAGGCAUGGCUGACAUAAAUAUUGACCUGGACAUGAGAAGCUUAUCAGCAGAUAUUAUCUCAAGAGCUUGUUUUGGAAGCAAUUACACCAAAGGGGAAGAAAUAUUCUCAAAGCUGAGAACACUUCAAGAUGUCAUGUCCAGAGGGUUCAUUGGUAUUCCUGGCUCAAGCAGAUAUAUUCCUACCAAAAACAAUUGGGAGAUAUGGAAAUUGGAGAAGGAAAUUAACUCAAUGAUAUUAAGAGUUGUAAAGCAAAGGGCUGCGACUAACUAUGAGAAGGACCUCCUGCAAAUGAUACUAGAGAGUGCCAAAAGUUAUGGUGACCAAGAAAGCCUUGGUUCAGAUAUUUCUAUUGACAGGUUCAUAGUGGACAACUGCAAAGCUAUUUACUUUGCUGGCUAUGAAACCACUGCUAUCACAGCUUCAUGGUGCUUAAUGUUAUUGGCGACUCAUCAAGAAUGGCAAGCUCGUGCUCGUGUGGAGGUGCUUAAAAUCUGUAAAGAGAACCUCCCUGAUGCUGACAUGCUUCGCAAUAUGAAAACUGUUACAAUGGUGAUCCAAGAGACAAUGCGCCUAUACCCACCUGUGGCGUUUGUUACCAGAUCAGCCUUGCAAGAUAUAAAGUUCAAAGAGAUCACAAUCCCAAAAGGAAUGAACAUUCAAAUUCCAAUCCCAAUAGUGCAACAGAAUCCCGGUACAUGGGGACCUGAUGCCCACCAGUUCAAUCCAAAAAGAUUUGCUAAAGGAAUUCUUGAGGCUAGCUCGAGUCCCCAGGCUUAUAUGCCAUUUGGCGUGGGUGCUCGUACAUGCGCAGGCCAACACUUUGCUAUGGCAGAGCUGAAGGUUAUUUUAUCACUCAUCCUAUCAAAGUUUAGCUUCUCCCUCUCACCAGCAUACCGUCAUUCCCCAGAGUUUAAGCUGGUUGUGCAACCUGGAAACGAAGUUACCCUCCGAAUACGGAGAGUCUCUUCACACAAGAAAACAUAUUGA